CAAAAUCCGGCGCGAACGCUGAGCGCGUACAUUGCUGCGUUCAUUGUGCUCCGUGCGCGCAAUAACGUCAUUACAUAAUUUAAAAAAAUAUAUUAUUACGUCUACAGAACUACAAUUAUACUAAAUUUGGAGUGUUUUGAGAACAGUUAGUGCAUUUAUUGUUAUUUUUCAAUACGUCACCGGUCUUUUAUUUUUGGAUGCGAUAAGUAAAGGUGUAUCAUGGAGAAACCAACAAUGCAUAUGCUCUCCGUCCAGGAGAAGGGCGGAGAGACGAAGAAAACUAAUCAAUACAUCGCAGCCAUUGCAGCGGCGAUUGGCGCGAUCACAGCCGGAACGAUCUUAGCGUGGACGUCACCAGCGUUACCUCAGCUAGAGCCGCCGAAGAACACGACGAAAAAUAUUACGGAACCAGAAAUCGAUAUAUUCUUAAUGAACGAGACUGACAGCAUUAUUGAUAAAAAUUUAACACAAGUGUUGUUAAAUUCGUUGGGACAACCUGCUGACUUCUUGUUGAACACCACUGAAAGUUCCCUGGUGUCAGCAAUCCUAGCCAUCGGGGCGGCUAUUAGCGCCCUACCUGUUGGCGUUUUCGCACAAAAAUUCGGAAGACGACCAACAAUUCUUGCGCUUGCAGUGCCUUUUCUAUUAAACUGGCUGCUCACAAUCUUCGCUAAUGGAUCCGAGAUGCUCAUUGCUGCAAGAUUCUUCGCUGGAAUAGCUACUGGUGGUAUAUGCGUAGCAGCACCCAUGUACAUUGGCGAAAUAACUGAGACCUCUAUCCGAGGUGCUCUGGGUGCUUUCUUCCAGCUGUUCUUGACAGUGGGCAUUCUGUUCACAUUCGUCGUUGGCGGCUGGACUCAUUGGAGGACGCUCUCCAUAAUUUCUGCAAUCUUCCCGAUAUUACUGGUCGCUGUUUUUUGGUGGAUGCCGGAAACGCCCCAAUAUCUGUUAGGUCAGAACAGAAGGCGCGAUGCAGAGAAAGCCUUGAGGUGGCUCCGAGGACCUGACGCUGACCUCUCCGCGGAACUCGAAGACAUGCAGAAAGACGUGGAUAAUUCAGCCCGUCAGAAGGCCGGCAUGGUCAGCAUGAUCACCAACCGCGCGCCCCUCAUGGCGCUCAUCUGCUCGCUGGGGCUCAUGUUCUUCCAACAGUUCAGUGGCAUCAACGCCGUCAUCUUCUACACCAACAACAUCUUCCAGUCCGCCGGCUCCAACAUCCCGCCCGCCAUCGCCACCAUCAUCGUGGGAGUGGUGCAAACUAUCGCCACGUACAUCUCCUCCCUCCUCAUUGAGAAGGCCGGCAGACGCAUCCUGCUCCUCCAGAGUUGCAUCAUUAUGGGCAUAUGUUUGAUAGUUCUCGGUACGUACUUCAAGUUGCAGGAGAGCGGUGCGAAGGUCGCUCCCGUCGGCUGGCUCCCGCUGCUGUGCCUGGUCCUCUUCAUCAUUUCCUUCUCGCUCGGCUUCGGGCCGAUACCCUGGAUGAUGAUGUCGGAGUUGUUCGCCGUCGAGUUCCGGGGGACGGCGUCUGGUAUCACCGUCAUCAUGAACUGGUGCCUCGUCUUCAUCGUCACGCUGUGUUUCCCCUUGAUGAAGGACGCGAUCGGUAUUUACAGUUGCUUCUGGUUCUUCAGUGGUUUCAUGAUCAUAUGCGUUUUCUUCGUGUUCUUCUUGAUCCCCGAGACGAAGGGGAAGACUGUCUCUCAGAUCCAGACCAUCCUCGGCGGGUCGAGGUCUUGAACAAAGUCGAUCGUAAUGUGUCGAAUACUCAGUGUUUUGUUUGUGGAAUUUCGUCAAUUGUAUCAAAUAAGUUUUAGUUAUAAGACUAAUAAUUUAAAUAGAUGUGUU